UUUUUUUUUUUACUAGUCUGAUCCUGUUGCUUAUCGACUUGAACCUUUGAUUGCUCGUCAUUAUAGUUCAAAAUUAAAACCCGAGUAUAUCCCUUAUAUGAAAGGUGGGUUAAAAGGCGUCAUUGACGCUAGUUUUAAUGUUGGCUCGGGUAUUGCUAAUCGUGCAGGAGCCAUGUAUGAAUCAAUCAAGAUGGGAUUAACUGCUAAUUUAUUUAUGCGUGGUUUGGGCCUUUCUCGACAGCAAAUCUAUGAAGAUAUACAUCCAAAAACUUCUGAUACUAUUUCAGAAGAGAAAGAUACCAGUAGUCAACUUACUCGUGUCAGGUCUAAUAGUGAUCCUACACGAUUUGAAUCUUUAUCUAAUGAUAAAACUCAACUAUUUAAACGUACAACUCAAACUGAUAAAAUAUCAAUUAACUCAAAUGGCAAAUCUACAUCAGGGAAGACAUUGCCCUCACCAUUAAUGACACCUAACGACACAUAUUCUCAAGGAGCGCGAAAAUUGAAAAUGCUUAAUGUCACCGGACGUGUAGAUUAUUGUCUGAAAGAAGGAUUACUAGAGAACCCUUAUUUAAGUGCAUUCAGUGCACAUAUGCAAUAUUGGCAGGUAAAUCUUUUAUGAUUUUAUGUUAUUUUUUUGUAUUUAUUAUAUGCCUUCUAAAACAUAUAUUUAUAGGAUAUAGAUGUAGCAGCAUUCCUUAUUAGACAAAUAUAUAAUGAUAAUGAAUAAAGGAAAAAAAAACAUACACACACACACAUACAUUCAUUUAUUUACAAGGC